AAAUAUAAGUAAACACAUAACGCAUCAUUUCCUAACGCCUUGUAAAGUGUACGGACGUGAGCUUAUAAUAAUCACUACCAGUAUUGCUUCUGCAUACAUUUAUAUAUUUAUUAUCAUCGUUGGUCAUCGGCCACGUGAAAUUAUCAUUUGUUUGUGCACGUGAUUGCUAUUUUAUAAAACCUAACCAUCAAAUAACAGUAUCGGUACAAGUAAAUAAAAAAAAAGUUCUAAAAACUAAAUUAUAUAAAAUAAAAUAUAAAAUUAAUUAAAAACAAACUAUUAUUGAAAAAUUUAAGUAUAAAAAUACUGAUAGUUGAAUUUUUUUUACACAAAAAAAAUGGAUUCCAACGACGACUUUUUAACAGACUGCGAGCUGGACGAGUAUGAAAGUGGAGAGGAUAUAGAUUUAGAGGACAUGCAAGAGGAUAAAUACUGUUAUGAAGUUCUCAGCUCCAAGGAACUAGUAACUGACAUGUUGAAAAAAAUAACCUCUAUAAACACUAUCCUGCAGGUCCCAAACACGGUUACGAGAAUUUUGCUGCAUCACUUUAAAUGGGAUGAAGACAAACUACUGGAAAAAUUCUACACGGGAAACAGAGCUGUCCUCUUCAAAGAGGCUCGCAUAGUUGAUCCUACGUCAAUCGAUAACAGUAACAAAAAAUUAUCUGUGGGUUCCAUAAAGGACUGUGACAUCUGCAUGAAUCCACUCUCUAAAGACUCGAUGACCGGGUUGGAGUGCGAACACCAGUUUUGUGGCGACUGCUGGAACCAAUAUCUCUCCAUGAAGGUGAUGAAUGAAGGUGAGUGCCUCACUAUUGCAUGUCCGGCUCACAAGUGCGACAUUUUAGUAGACGACACCACAACGAUGACGAUGAUUAAGGAUCCCAAAGUAAAGGCCAAGUACCAGCACUUAAUAACACAAAGUUUUGUUGAAUACAACAGAUUGUUGAAAUGGUGUUCAACUCCAGACUGCAACCGGGCGAUAAAAGUCCAGUAUGUUGAUUGUAAACCCGUGACAUGUCACUGCGGACAGACAUUUUGUUUCAAGUGCAACGAGAAGUGGCAUGCGCCUAUUUUAUGUGAGUAUUUAAGAAAAUGGUUGAAGAAAUUAGAGGAUGACUCGGCAACUUCGGCCUGGGUAGAGUUGAACACCAAGAAGUGUCCGAACUGCUUUGCGAUGAUUGAGAAAAAUGGUGGGUGUAAUCACAUGACCUGCAAGAAGUGCAAACACGAAUUCUGUUGGAUCUGCAUCGAGAAAUGGAAGCAACACAACGACUUUUACAAAUGCAAUAGGUACCAGGAGGUCAUGGAAGCUCAAGGGAUUGAUUCAACUAAGUUACAGUUAAAAAGGUACUUGUUUCACUUUGAAAGGUACAUGAAUCAUAUGAACUCCCUUCAACUGGAGAAUAAUUUGUAUGAAACUGUCGAGAAGAAGGCUCGGGAGUUCCAGGUGAUGAGAAUGUCCUGGGCAGAGUGCCAGUUCCUGAAGAACGCGGUUAGUGUGCUAUGUCAGUGCAGGCAAACACUGAUGUACACGUAUGCAUUCGCGUACUUCCUGGAGAAGAGCAACCAAACGACCAUUUUUGAAGACAAUCAACAGGACUUAGAAAAAGCUACGGAAACUUUGUCGCAUUAUUUGGAGGAGGAUAUUGAAAAUGAAGAGCUGAAUGAAAUCAAGCGAAAGGUCCAAGAUAAGACUUCCUAUUGCGAACAACGUAGAAAGGCAUUGGUGGAUCAUGUUAGCGAGGGCUACGACAAAGAGUGGUGGAUUCAUCUUAAUAUUGUGUAAAUUACAUAUUUACGUAUAUUUAUAAAAACAGUUUUAUGUUUUAAGUGUUGAAAUAAUAAAU